AGUAUCUCAGACGUUGUUCAGUAAGAGGAAUAUAAAGGUCGUAGCAACACCUUGGUUUUGACGCAUCUAUUUGUAUCGUCGAAAACAUACAACUAAAUCGAAGACAGCAAAGUAUUGUCUGUUCCUUAGUAUUACCUACCUACCCACACCUUCACACGUUGACUCAAGUACUCGUUUUAAACAUGACUUUCCACCCCGACACUCUCCCCGAUCUCAAGGGCAAAGUAUUCAUAGUCACAGGUGGGAAUUCUGGCAUAGGCUACUACACCGUAGCCCACCUAGCAGAACACGGCGCGCACGUUUACCUGUGCGCCCGAUCCGCAGAGAAGGGCACAGCAGCCAUCGCCAACAUCGAGAAAAUGCACCCCUCAGCCAACAUCGACCUGCUGCAGAUGGACCUCACGGACCUCGCCAGCGUCGUCGCGGCCGCGGAGCACUUCCUCGCCCGCGAAACCGCCCUGCACGGCCUGGUCAACAACGCAGGCAUCAUGGCGACGCCCUUCGCGAUGACCAAAGACGGCCACGAGGCCCAGUGGCAGACCAACUACCUCGCGCACUGGGUAUUGACGGCGCACCUGCUUCCGCUGAUGCUGCGGACCGCCAAGACGCUUCCGCCCGGCAGCGUGCGCGUCGUCAACCUCACCUCGUCGGGCCACCUGGGCGCGCCCAGGGGCGGCAUCAAUUUCGCGGACCCGUCGCUCAAGGACGGCAGCCCGUGGUCGCGCUACGGACAGAGCAAGCUCGCCAACAUCCUGCACGCCAAGACCCUGCACGCGACGUACGGCCCCGGCUCCCCCAGCGCGCGGAGCGGCGAGGGCGAGAUCUGGGUCGCGUCCGUGCACCCGGGUCUGGUCGAGACGAACCUCGCCACGUCGGCCGAGGAGUCGGGGUCGAGAGUGACAAGUGUCUUCUCGGUCUUGCGCAUGUUGGGUUUGAUGUGGCCGGCCGAUAAGGGGUCGUGGACCAGUCUGUUCUGCGCGGCGAGCCCGGAUAUGAAGGCGGAGCAGAGCGGCGCGUAUUUCGACAUUUUCCGCCGGUUCGCGGAGCCGAGCUGGCAGAGCGGUGCGGCGAAGGACGGGGAGCUCGCAAAGAGGUUGGAGGAGUGGACUGGGGAGCUGAUGAGGAGGGAAGGGUGGGUUCGGUAAUGGCGUUAAUGGGAUUUCGGUGGUUUUCGAUUAUAUCAAUAGAUUUAUUGUCAUGUAACUAACUUGAACAACGUUAUGGUCAAUUCUGGUGGAGGGCGUCUGCCGUUGUCAAUAAGUCCGGUAACGGCGGCACAGGGUAUAUUGACGUCAUGGUAGGCCGCGGUUCCAAACCGCCCCACCACUUAACUACCCC